UUCACGCCAGAAGUCCGUGUUUUCUCUCAGUUUCUUGCAGAUGGGGAGAGAAGCGGUGGGUUCUGUGCCUUACUCAUCGGCGGCGACGUAUGAUGUGAGAACAGGAAACUCGAUGUCGGAUGACGGCAGCGUGAGGAAGGACAUCGGCGGCGACGUCAUCUGCCCGGAAAGAUGUAAGCAGGCGGAAGAUGAUGGACGGGCAUGGGCGGCGAGAGAGAAGACGCCAAUCAUGGCAACUGGCAAGGGUAGGACUUAGGAGCCAAACCCACCAUGAAGUCUCUUGCGUCAGCCUGAGGCAAGAAUGACCGGAUGCAAGCAGGCAGGAGACGUCGCAUGAGAUAAGCAUUAGUGGCUAUGGGCGGCGGCGGGAUUCCGAUUGGGCGAGAAAAGCUGCCCAUCGACGUGGCCUAAAGCUUUCAAGGCUUCCAAUUAGAGUGACAGAAGGCCCCACUAAAGUCAAACAAACUCUCAUAGUCGGCUGAACUACUACACCAAUCUUGAUUCACAGUCGGCGAAGUAGAUCACAAAUACUCCUUCUCUUCCCUGAACGGGUGAUUGAUUCAUCCUUCCCUCUCUCUCCUUGGAUUCCAUUCUAAAUUUCGAAUCCAAUCAGUAUGGCGGAUACUUUCUCUGAAUCAAUCGCAGCAUCGGCCCGGGCCUUCAAGCUCAUCCUCCAGGGCUUCACAUUGAUACCAAUAAUCCAUUAUGAAAUAGCUUUUGUGUGUUUCCUCAUAAUUUUCAUCUACAAUUUCUUAGAGUUCCAUUUCUUUCAUGAUGUUCUCACUCUGUUCCAAGGUUCUCCGGUGUCUCUAACAUACAAUUCGGCCUCUGAGAUUUACCACGGCGUCGCUUCAAAGUGUCGCCUUCUUCAUGGCAGGUACUUGGUUACACCUUGGCUCUCAAGUCCUCAUGUUCAAACAACAUUUCUGCAUUUCCAUGGAAGACCUCCUGCAGUAAAUUAUAGAAGAAAAUUAUUUCAUGCAUCUGAUGGUGGAACUUUUGCUCUGGAUUGGCUAAAGAGUUCAGAUGUUUUAGGAGGUUCAAAAUGUGAAGACAAUGCUGCUUUGAGGCAUGAUAAAACUCCCAUCUUAAUUGUAAUUCCUGGAUUAACUAGUGAUUCCUCUGCAGCUUACAUCAAGCAUCUUGCUUACUCCACUGCCGAACGAGGGUGGGAUGUUGUUAUUUGCAAUCACCGCGGACUUGGAGGAGUUUCUGUUACGUCUGAUUGCUUCUAUAAUGCGGGGUGGACAAAAGACACACGAGAUGUCAUCAACGAUCUUCAUCGUGAAUAUCCCAAUGCACCUCUUUUUCUUGUUGGAACUAGCAUUGGUGCCAAUAUUCUGGUGAAGUAUCUUGGAGAAGAUGGGGAGGAUGUUCCUAUAGCUGGUGCAGUUGCUAUCUGCUCUCCUUGGGACCUUUUGAUUGGGUCUAGAUUCAUAUGUCGCAGGACUGUUCAAAAAUUCUAUGAUAGGGCUCUUACUGUUGGUCUUCAACAGUAUGCAAAACUACAUCAAACUCUUUUCCAUCGCCUUGCAGAUUGGGAUGGUAUUCUAAAGUCACGUCGUAUACGGGAUUUUGACAAUUAUGCUACUCGUCUAGUUGGCAAGUUUGAGAGUGUGGAUACAUACUAUAGGCAUUGCAGCAGUGCACAAUAUGUGACAAAAGUUGCAAUUCCGUUACUAUGUAUAAGUACUUUAGAUGAUCCAGUCUGUACCUGGGAGGCAAUCCCAUGGGAUGAGUGCAGAGCAAAUAAAAAUAUUGUGCUGGCUGUAACACGUCAUGGAGGACAUCUUGCCUUCUUUGAGGGUCUUACUGCAUCUACUUUAUGGUGGGUGAGAGCUACAAAUGAAUUCCUUGGUGUUCUUCACUGCAGCCCCUUCAUGCAUACCCAAAAGAAGAAUCCUCCACAUAUUGGACCAGAAUCUUAUGUGGAUCAAGGCCCAUAUGUGAAUGUUUCAAAUGGAAUGGUUGCUGCAAUCACCAAUGAUCCAUCAUCACCCACUGAUAAUGUAAAACUAAAUGAAGAAGAUCAAUUUGAGAGACAGAAAGUCAACGAUCAAAGUGCUGCUGCUGCUGAUGUACUUGUUGUACCAGAUGCAAAAAAUGUAGUAUCUUCCUCAAGUGGUCAAACAUCGGUCAAAGCAGUUGAUUUGAAUAGCAUCAAAAAAUGGUUGGAGCAGCUGUUCCAACAAAACAGAAGAUCAACAUGGAUGCUUACAUACAUUGCUGUCAUAUCAACAUUGCCAUUGAUGGGUGCUACUGCUGCUCUUUACAUGCUCCUCUUUAGAAAGAAAUUCAAGCAGCCAAAAUCACUUAAUUAAGUAGUAUUUAUUGUGUAAUAUUUUAAAAUAAAUGUGUACAACUUGUAGCCCAGGAAGGGGAUCAUCUUGAGUUCUAUAAAUACAUUUGUAAUAAUAGCCGGUCUUAGCUAAUUCGAUAUGAGAAUACAGAAAUAUGAUCCCAAAAAUUAUGAAA